AUGGACCGAAAAGUGGCCCGAGAAUUCCGGCACAAGGUGGACUUCCUGAUUGAAAAUGAUGCGGAGAAGGACUAUCUCUACGAUGUGCUGCGGAUGUACCACCAGGCCAUGGAUGUGGCCGUGCUGGUGGGAGACCUGAAGCUGGUCAUCAACGAGCCCAGCCGCCUGCCACUAUUUGACGCCAUCCGGCCCUUGAUCCCACUGAAGCACCAGGUGGAAUACGAUCAGCUGACCCCACGGCGCUCCAGGAAGCUGAAGGAGGUGCGUCUGGACCGGCUGAACCCCGAAGGCCUCGGCCUCAGCGUGCGAGGUGGCCUUGAGUUUGGCUGUGGGCUCUUCAUCUCCCAUCUCAUCAAAGGAGGUCAGGCCGACAGCGUUGGGCUGCAGGUUGGAGAUGAGAUCGUCCGGAUCAAUGGCUACUCCAUCUCCUCCUGCACUCACGAAGAGGUCAUCAACCUCAUCCGAACCAAGAAGACCGUGUCCAUCAAAGUGAGGCACAUCGGCAUGAUCCCUGUGAAAAGCUCUCCCGAUGAGCCACUCAAAUGGCAGUAUGUGGACCAGUUUGUGUCGGAAUCCGGGGGUGGGCGGGGCAGCCUGGGCUCCCUCGGGAGUCAGGAGCACAAGGAGAAGAAGGUUUUCAUCAGCCUGGUGGGCUCCCGGGGCCUCGGCUGCAGCAUCUCCAGUGGCCCCGUCCAGAAACCCGGCAUCUUCAUCAGCCACGUGAAGCCUGGCUCCCUGUCUGCAGAGGUGGGACUGGAGACAGGGGACCAGAUCGUUGAAGUCAAUGGGAUCGACUUCUCUAACCUGGACCACAAGGAGGCCGUGAACGUGCUAAAGAGCAGCCGCAGCCUGACCCUCUCCAUCGUGGCUGGAGCGGGCCGGGAGCUGUUUAUGACUGAUCGCGAACGUCUGGCUGAGGUGCGGCAGCGGGAGCUGCAGCGGCAGGAGCUUCUGAUGCAGAAGCGGCUGGCCAUGGAGUCCAACAAGAUUCUGCAGGAGCAGCAGGAGACGGAGCGGCAGAGGAGAAAGGAGAUCGCCCAGAAGGCUGCUGAAGAAAAUGAGCGGUACCGGAAGGAGAUGGAGCAGAUCGUGGAGGAGGAAGAGAAGUUUAAGAAGCAGUGGGAGGAAGACUGGGGCUCAAAGGAGCCGCUGCUGCUGCCCAAGACCAUCACCGCCGAGGUGCACCCUGUGCCUCUCCGCAAGCCCAAGUCCUUUGGGUGGUUUUAUCGUUAUGACGGCAAAUUCCCCACCAUCCGGAAGAAAGGGAAAGAUAAGAAGAAAGCCAAGUAUGACAGCCUGCAGGAGUUGAAAAAGAAUAAGAAGGAACUGGAGUUUGAGCAAAAGCUUUACAAAGAGAAAGAGGAAAUGCUGGAGAAGGAAAAACAGCUAAAGAUCAACCGGCUGGCCCAGGAGGUGUCUGAGACAGAGCGGGAAGACCUGGAGGAAUCAGAAAAGAUUCAGCAUUGGGUGGAGAGGCUCUGCCAGACGCGCCUUGAGCAGAUUUCCUCCGCUGACAAUGAGAUCUCAGAGAUGACCACUGGGCCUCCGCCUCCCCCACCUUCUGUUUCUCCCCUUGCCCCGCCCCUGAGACGUUUUGCAGGUGGACUGCACCUACAUACCACUGACCUGGAUGACAUCCCCUUGGACAUGUUCUACUACCCUCCCAAGACGCCCUCGGCCUUGCCUGUCAUGCCCCACCCUCCCCCUUCCAACCCACCCACCAAGGUCCCAGCACCCCCUGUUCUUCCCUCAUCGGGCCAUGUGAGCACCUCAUCUUCUCCAUGGGUGCAACGCACUCCACCACCCAUUCCUAUCCCUCCCCCACCAUCCAUUCCUACCCAAGACCUCACUCCUACCCGCCCACUGCCCUCGGCGCUGGAAGAGGCCCUGGGCAAUCACCCCUUCCACACUGGUGACAUGAGCAACCCCACAGAGGACUGGGAGGCCAAGAAUCACAGCAGGAAGCCCAUAAGCUCCCCCGUUCCUGAGCGGAGCUUCCCUCCCACCCCAAAGACAUUUUGCCCAAGCCCACAGCCUCCACGAGGCCCUGGCGUGUCCACCAUCUCCAAACCCGUCAUGGUCCACCAGGAAUCCAACUUUAUCUACAGGCCAGCUGUGAAGUCUGAGGUUCUGCCACAGGAGAUGUUGAAGAGGAUGGUGGUGUAUCAGACGGCAUUCAGACAAGACUUCCGGAAAUAUGAAGAAGGCUUUGACCCCUAUACUAUGUUCAGCCGAGAGCAAAUCAUGGGAAAAGACGUCAGGCUUCUGCGCAUUAAGAAGGAAGGUGCCCUGGACCUGGCCUUGGAAGGCGGUGUGGAUUCGCCAGUUGGGAAGGUGGUCGUCUCAGCUGUGUAUGAGGGAGGAGCAGCAGAACGACAUGGUGGUAUUGUGAAAGGGGAUGAGAUCAUGGCCAUCAACGGCAAGAUAGUGACGGACUACACUCUGGCUGAGGCUGAAGCCACGCUGCAGAAGGCUUGGAACCAGGGCGGGGACUGGAUCGACCUGGUCAUUGCCGUCUGUCCCCCCAAGGAGUAUGACGAUGAGCUCUGA